UCUUUGGACCAGAGAUAAGCUCUGAUAAGACCUUAGCAAUACAACUUACAAUUUGUGACCAUUCAGAGCAGUCACCCAGAGUUUUUCAAGCUAGAAAGAUGCCUCUCAUCUGUGAAAAUAUUCCCACGGGAGCUUUUACCAAGAAAGCUGAAUAUGUUGGGAUCAGUGACUUCAUCCGGAUUCGCCAUACUCGGCGUCCCACUACUCCCAUCGCAGAGAAAUGGUGCCUUAGGUCGUACUUCAUGCCUGCCAAGUACAGGGCCAGUGUUCAGGUGAUUGAGAACUUCCAGGUGCGACCGGAUGAUGUCUGGGUUGUGACCUUUCCCAAAUGUGGAACAACCUGGACGCAGGAAAUGGUGUGGCAGAUUUGCAAUGACUUGGACUAUGAAAAGAGCAAUUCCAUUGGACUCAACGAAAGAUUUCCAUUUCUCGAACUAGGUACAAUUGUUCCUGAAAAGUUCAAAAUGGAUGCUUUACCGAUGCUGGAAAAAAUGCCAUCGCCCCGUCUAAUCAAGACUCAUCUUCCGGCUCCACUUCUGCCAAAAGAUAUCUGGACAGUGAAGCCAAAGAUCGUUUAUGUGGCAAGGAAUGCUAAAGAUGCUGCUAUCUCAUUCUACCAUCAUUACAGGAAUCUUCAGGGAUAUCGCGGAAAUUUAGAUGAUUUCUUGGAUAUAUUUCUAAACGAUGCUGUAAUAUAUGCUCCAUACGACUCUCAUAUAAUUGAUUUCUGGAACAUGAGGAAUGAGGACAACAUUCUUUUCUUCACUUACGAGGAAAUGAAGAAGGAUCAUCCGAGUGUUAUCAAAAGAACAGCAGAAUUCUUGGGAAAGUCCUAUACAGAUGAACAAAUUACCAAUCUAGCUAAUCAUCUUUCCUUCGAAAACAUGUCCCAAAAUCGAUCGGUUAACUUUAAAGAUGAAAUGAAAGGAUUUCAAAAGAUGUUCAACAUGAAAUCAGAUAAUGAUUUCAAUUUUAUCCGGAAAGGCAAAGUUGGAUCAUUCCGGGAAGAAAUGUCUGCCGAAAGGAUUGAAAUGUUCGACAACUGGAUCCAAGAGAGAGUUGAAAAAUAUCAAGUUGAUCCGGAACUUCUAGAUAUUUUCACACCAACCAAAUGAGUGUAAAAAGGUGAAUUUGAAGAAGAAAUGAUAUUCCUUGACAAAAAUGAGCUUUGAUUAUAUUUCCGUUUGAGCAGUAAAAUGAUCAACAUUUAAAAUGAUUGCAGCUAAAAUGAACAAAUUUAUUUGGUUUGCUCAGA